CCUGAGUGCUAGAAUUACAGGUGUGCACCACCACCCCUGCUUGCAACACAUUUUUCUGAAACAAUUGUUUGCCUGUCUGGAAGAUUAAAUUUGACUUACUCUAUAUACAACAUUAAAUUCAUUUUUUAAAAUGUUUAAAUAAUUUUUGUGGGAUCUAGGAGUUCUGGGACAGUUCUUUGAGCCAGCCUAAAGCUAAGGGGUGUAGGAAGGAGGCUGGUGGUGAGCAAAUCCUCAGUUUUAGCUUCGGAAACCUGUUAGUCCUGGCGGCACUUGUGAAGCGUGGAGGAGCUGAACUCGCCACCUGGGGCUUUGCCGCCUUCAAGAGCCGGGGACCAGUCAAGUCGUGGGAAGUUCAGAUCUUAACGCCCAUGUUUUCACACCGCUGUUCUAAAAGUCUUCGGGCUUUGGAAGGGGAACUGGCAGCCUUUCACAGUGGUGCAGCGCUUGCCACACCGGCCGGCUUUCCUACAACAUGGCCUCUAACAAAACCAGGCUGUCCGAACCCGGGAUGUAGAAUUGUGUACCUCUAUACCGAGAAGGUUGGGAAGGCCCCAAAUCUGCACGCGGUGUGCUCCCGGGCAGACUUCGAGGUGUUCGUGCGGCCUAAAGUUCUCAUGAGAUUAUCUGAAACGAAGAAGCGCCAGCAGGGCUCAGGCCGUGUGUGCCGAGUGUGGCCGGACAGGAUAGAGCGUGCUUUCCUUAUGCAAGAGCAGAAAAUCGUGGUGAAAGUGCUGACGGCCAAGUAAAACAGAAGCUCUUGGAGAAAUAAAAGAUGGAAAGGCUUAAAAAA